AUGGCCCCGCGAUACCUAAAAUCAAAAGCCGCCAAUGCCGGCAGCAGCACAGGCCCCCAAAUCGACGUCCCUCGCAUCGUCAAGGGCGUCAUCGACGACAUCCGCGCAAACGGCGACACAGCGGUGCGCACGUACAGCGAGAAAUUCGACCAGUGGUCUCCCGGCUCGUUCAGGCUGUCGCAGGCGGAGAUCGAUGCCGCGAUCGCGCAGUGUCCAAGCCAGGUCAUUGAUGAUAUCAAGGAGGUGCAGGGGAAUGUGCGGGCUUUUGCAAAGGCGCAGAGGGAGUCGAUUAGGGAUUUUGAGGUUGAGAGUCAGCCGGGUGUAUUCCUCGGACAAAAGUCUCUUCCUAUUAACUCUGUCGGCGCGUACAUCCCCGGAGGCCGAUACCCGCUGCUCGCCUCCGCACACAUGACAAUCCUAACCGCCAAAGUCGCCGGCGUGCCCAACGUCGUCGCCUGCACGCCCCCAAUCCGCGGGCAGAUCCCACACGCCACAAUCGCCGCCAUGCACCUCGCCGGCGCAGACUCCAUCUACCUGCUCGGCGGGGUCCAAGCCAUCGCCGCAAUGGCUGUGGGCACGCCCACGAUCCCCAAAGUCGACUUCAUCGCGGGGCCGGGCAAUGCCUUCGUCGCGGAAGCAAAGAGGCAACUCUUCGGCGAGAUCGGGAUCGAUCUGUUCGCGGGCCCGACGGAGAUUCUUAUUGUUGCGGAUGGCAAGGCGGAUCCGUUUACGGUUGCGACGGAUAUCCUGUCGCAGGCGGAGCAUGGGCCGGAUUCGCCGUGUGUGAUUGUGACGACGGAUGAGAGGGUGGGGAGGGAGGCGAUGAGGAUUAUUAGGGAGUUGUUGAAAAAUCUGCCGACGGCGGAGUUGGCGGGCACGUCGUGGGAGAGCUUUGGCGAGGUGGUUGUUGUUGGGUCGUUGGAUGAGGCGUGGGCUGUUGCUGAUAGCUAUGCGAGUGAGCAUGUGCAGAUUCUGACGGAGAGGCCGCGCGAGGCGUUGGAGAAGAUGACGGCUUAUGGGGCGUUGUUUUUGGGUGACAAGACGUGUGUUUCGUAUGGGGAUAAGGUCAUUGGGACGAACCAUGUGCUUCCAACGAGGAAUGCUGCGCGGUAUACCGGCGGUCUCUGGGUUGGGAAGUUCCUGCGGACUGUGACGUACCAGGAAGUCGUCAGCGAGAAAGCUAGUGCUGAACUGGGCAGACUGUGCGGACGAGCAGCACGGGUAGAACUCUUCGAGGGCCACGCGCGGUCUGGGGACCUCCGGGCGAAGAAGUAUCUGGGAGACCAGUAUGGCUGGAUCAAGAAGUAUGAGGAAACUCCCGGAAAGCUUUAA